UCUCCUUCUCUUUCGCUGCUUCUAUACUGGUGGACGGAGUGGUGGUUUUAGGCGGUUUCCCUCUUUGUUUCAGAGCGACGAUUUGGAGCAACAAUUCAAAGUUCGAUCCAAACCGCUAGGGCUGAGGACUGUGCGACUGCUACUAGUGAUUUUCGGCCAUCAGUAGACUCCGAGUUGGUGGUUUUUGGCGGUGCUUCUUUACAACAGAGAGCUUGCAUUAGCCGAUACACCAGAUGUAUUGACUCUGGUCUACACACACAUUCUUGAUCAUCAACCCUGUCAUGUUGAGAAACUACAUACUGAACCUUGGAAUUUUUGCUGGUACUACCAUCAACAAGAUCGGUCUCAAUCUCAUCAUUGCUAUCUUUUUGUCACCUGAUAUUCUUGAUGAUAGGGACGAUACAACGUUACAAAAUUUGCCACGUGAUAUCCUUGAUGAUGGCGACAAUGAUGACGAUGCUGGUGACGAUGGUGACUAUGACAAUGGUGAUGAUGGCUACAAUGGUGAUGGUGGCAACGACGACGGUGACGACUUUGAGGGUGGUGGUGACGACUUUGAGGGUGGUGGUGACGACUUUGAGGGUGGUGGUGACGACUUAGAGGGUGGUGGUGAAGGUGAUGGGAGACAAUUCAUACAAAGCAACGGGAAAAAGUUUGUAGACCCAAAGGUACAUAUACGUGUAAAGGAAAUACUUGAACAAUGUCUUAAUGGAGAUUGGGUCACGUUUAAAAAGAUCCCCCAAAACAUAAAGACACGCAUGUUUGACCGCUUCCGGACUACGUAUAGAUGGGAUCCAAAAGCACACCAGAGCAUACGUAAUUCAUUUAUUUACGUGCUCAAGGAUUGAUUAAGAGGCAUAAUGAGCGAUAUGAGGAAAAGUUCUAAAAAGACAGCCUUAAACGCGAGGGAACAUAUUCCCGAUGAAGGAUACAAUUUUGAGAUACAAUGCAAAUAUCCGCCCGAUAGAGUGCCUCGUAGGAAAUGGGAAUGUAUGUGUAUGUCUUGGAACACUGAAGAUGGAAAAAGAAGUACAAAGCAGGGAGAGAAAACCGCAAGAAUGACUUAUGUCGUCAUACAGACGGGUCAAUGGGGUAUGACGAACACCGCCGCAACUUGGAAAAAAAUAAAGGGUAAAAAGGUUGGAUUCGCGGAAGUAUUACUUCAUACCCAUACCACCAAAGAGUGUAAAAAGAGAUUACAUGAUGGGGAGAUCAAUGCAAAUGACUAUGAUAAGUUAGAGUUUGUUACUGAUCGUUCAAAACGUUCAUAUGUCUCCUACAUGAAAAAACUUGAAAGGGUGUAUGGGAACACAGAUUGCGAUGAUAUGGAAGUGUGGGAGAGUUUGCAUCCCGAGUGUCAGGGCUGCCAGUUGUUCGGGGUGGGAUAUUCUAAUCCACAUUUUGUGCUGACUGGAACAACAUCUUCCAUAGCUAGUAUUCCAGAUACCCGACAAUCACAUGAGCUCUAAAAAAUUCAAGCAGAACUAGAAAAGGAACGAGAGGCUCGACAAAACAUAGAAGUCCGUUUUGAACAAUUUGAAUAAGAGCGGCAACAAGAAAGGGUUGAACGUGAACCAGAACGGGAACAAGAACGUGUUGAACGUGAACGAGAGCGGACCGAACAUGCUCGAUGGCAAAAAAACAUGGAAGCAAAGUUUAAUAAAUUCGGAAAAAAGAUUUUUUUUUUUUUUUUUGUAUGUUAAAGAUCGUGUUAGUUUUGUUACAAAAACAUGUGUUUUGUUUUUUUAUUCUAAGAUUAUAAACAUGUUUUUCUGUGGAA